GGCCCGGGCGCUGCCAUGUUCCGCCUGCUGCUGCGCACGGGGCCCCGCCGCCCCGCGGGCCCCCCCUCGCCUCCGCCGCCCGCCGCCGCCGCUUGCUGCCCGCCCCCUGCCCCGGGCCGGGCUCCCCUCAGCCCACCGCCGGCCCCUCUCGUAGCGCUGAGGGCCGCCGCCGGCAGCUCGGCCAAGGAUGUGGGUGGAUCCCCUAACAAAGCAGCCACAGAUCUCAGCAGUGAAAACAAGAAACUCAAUAAAUCCCAGCAGCUGAAAAAAGUUUUCAAAGAAUAUGGUGCCGUAGGGGUUUCAUUCCAUGUUGGAAUUUCAUUAGUAUCUCUAGGAAUCUUCUACCUGGCUGUGUCAAGUGGUGUGGAUAUGACUGCAGUUCUCUUCAAACUUGGUUUCAGUGAAUCCUCGCUGCAAUCUAAAAUGGCUGCUGGUACAAGCACUUUUGUGUUGGCAUAUGCUAUUCACAAAUUGUUUGCUCCGGUACGAAUCAGCAUUACUAUAGUUUCUGUGCCAUUUAUUGUCCGAUACUGCCGAAAGAUUGGUUUCUUCAAACCACCUACCCCAAAUCCAUGAUAACUUCUUCUUGUUUUUUACUCUUUUUAUUAUUAUUAUUUUAAUGUUCAAUAUUCAUGUAGCUUUUCAGAUUGAUAAAUUUCUUUAAAAUACUUAUUUGGGUUUCAUGUUAAUGCUGACCUUCUCUUGCAUUUCUCACUUGUUCUUUCAGGUAAAUGUAAUGCAGUGAAAAGUGCUGCCCUUAUCUUUUUUUCCCUUUGCCACCUCUUUUUUUUUUUUUCCUCAGAAAUAGCUGUUAAAAUAUCUGUUUUCCACUGCAAGUGGUAAUAUAAAUGCUUGACAAUGAACAGUCUUUUGAACACACAGUUCUGGGUCUUUAUAAUCUAUUUUUUUGGAGUAUAACUUUUUUCAUAUCAAAAUACAGCUGCAGCAGUAGUUUAUUACUGCAUAGAUAUUACUGGGAAAUAAUCUUAUUUUCCUAAUAGUCUGUGGAUUAAAUGAUAUCCUACUAUAUGAAUGGGUCUUUUUGGUAAGCAAAUAUAUAUUGGGAUCUGAGGCAAUAUGUAGGAGUUUUUGUUAUAAAAGACAUGUUAUGAUCCUGGUCUUCCAAUCCAACACCCAUGCCAAGCUAAUUUUAGUGAGUACCCAUAUGCUUAAUUAUUGCACAGUGAUAAUUAUUUUAGCUAGAAUUGGUAAUGUACUUCAUGUACUUCUCUGAAGCUACAGCUUCUUUGUGUUGCUUUCAUGUUUCAAGAUUUUGUUAUUUGAAAAUGUCCUUUUCUGGCCUUUCUAAGGUUGGUUGUUUUUUUUUGUUUAUUUGUUUGUUUGUUAAUGCUAUAAACUAAGAGAUCCUGAGUUUAGCGAAAUCAGUAUAACCAGAAUUACCUCCUGUGUGAACAUAUUCCAAAGACCAAGUCAGAUGCAAGGUAUCUAUGGGUUUUUCAUGUACUGAGGCCUAACUUUUGUACUGGGGACACUUUUUUUUUCUGAAAACUGACCACAACUGCUUUCUGCUCCUGUGGAUGAAUCUCAGAUCUGGGACUGACGUCCAGACACUACAAUUCAGAUAUCAAGAGUAAUUAUUAUGCUUUUGUCUGACAGAACGUUAUUCUGUCAGAAUAUUAUUAUGACAGAAUAAUAUGACAGCAUAUUAUGACAUUCUGUCAGAAUGUUGUUAUGCUUUUGUCUGCUGAAUGUACCAGUUAGAGGUGUAAUACAUACUACUCAGUUAACCGAAGACUGGAUCUCAAAACUAGGUACUUGGCUUAACAUUCCAUGGUAAACCUGAGUUUUAGACUUAGGACUAAGCUUCUGUGAGAUGAUUGAAGCCAGAUCCAAGAAUCUUUUAGAUCUGCUCCUCCUUCCAGGUCUGUUCUUUUUACAUUGUCUGCCUCCAUCUUUAUGCUUGUCAUUUGUACCAAGGUGGCUCUGGCACAGAGCUCUUUGUACAGGAAUCUGACUGAACUAAAAUGGCAGAAAACUACCUUGGCCAUUAAAGUUUGUUUUUUUGCCAUGUUAGUGAAUCGUGAAGAAGGAAUAGUGCUGAAGGCCCUAGAGGAGGAGGAGCAAGUCAUUUCUCUUUUUGUCAGCAAGCUGUUAAUGCAGCUCAGACAUGUUAAAUUACACUCUAACACCUUUACCAUUCAGAAAGUCCAACCCCGAGACUGGUUGGGUGCUCUGAGGAUUCUUGAGAUCGCAAGUGAGAAAGGAGAGGUCACACUCUAGAAAAAUAAAUGGUAGCUACAUAUGUACUUACACCUCUGUACUAUUGCUACCCCUUGGUUCAUCAGAGAACGGGGAAAUUGGAAGAGACAUUUCCUUUGUCCUGUGGAAGCAAGCUGUUAUUAGAGCCUACCUCCUGAAAACCUUGGCAAUGGCUUUGUCACAGAUAGGGUGUGCUGUUAGCCCCGUAUCUUAAAAUGGAAACCGCUGCCAGUGAGCAGGUACACCGACUUGAUCUAUAAUGUGUAGCAUAAACACAAAGGCACAUUACAUAGAUAAACACUUCUCAAAAUACUAACCUUUGACAGGACAUACUGACUCAGCCUUGCAGUAUGGCCUGCUUCCCUGGGAGCUAUAUGCUCAAUCCUCUGGCACAGCUUGUUGUGCACAGCUGCUUGUUAGGAUACAGAGCCAAUGCUCUGCUGUUUGGUGUGUAUGAGGAAUAGCAGUCAGGUCCAUUUUGGCUAGCUUAUUUAAAAAAUUAAAAAGACAGGAUUUGUCCCACUCUAUGCCUGCUUUGCUGUAUGGCUGCUGAAGCUGACAGCACCCUCUAUGAGCUAACUACCUUGCUGCUAUCUAAACCGUAAUUAGAAUUUGUUUCAUAUCAGCUUGUCCCUGAAGGAAGCUCUGCCUUCUACCCUUGAUAAGUCAGGAUAUUAUAUUGUUACUUAAAGUUUAUUGCUGGCUGUUUAGUGAGUAAAAACCUGUAGGAUCUACAUAAACAACAAGUGAAGGGUUACUGUGUUGUUACAUGCAACCAACACUUCCCUAGCUUUCCAGGACCUGCUGCCUUCUGGAGUGAGUGGAGAUACAAAGUGUCAAGUAGACAGACAGUGUAUCUUAAGAGUAAGUGUAAUGAGCUCUGUUGCCCCUGAUCUAAGAAACAUGUUCUUUUCUGUGUGUCCUCUAGCUGUUCAGGUCACUGUUCUCUUAGCUAAGGGUAACAAUGAUUUCAGAAUAGUCAAGUGAUGAGAUUCUUGUUUAUCUGAUCAGUUAGUUUUAAACAAAAUAGGUGCUUUGUCCUAAAGUUAGAGAAGUAGGAUACAGGCUUCUUUUCCUUUUCCAAGAAGUACUUCUCUAAAACAGGAAUUGUUUAAAGCAAAUGCACCUAGAAGUUAUUAACAAGGCAUCAGCGCUAGAGCUUUUCUUUCAGUAAAGAAAGAGGGCUUCAUUAAGUUGGGACCAGACUUCAGCUUACCUACUAAUAAGAUAGAGUUGUAUAAACUGACAAUUUGUUUAGAUAAGUUUCUGCAAAGUAUAUUUUAAAUUAAUUUGAGAAUAUAUUUUAAAAUCUAGAAUCCUUGCUUGUAAAAAAAUCAUUUUUUAAAUGGUUUGUAAAAUAGUGAAGGAGACCUUAAGGUCUUAUGUUAAUAAAAAUACAAUAAAUUGCUUUCUCAUA